UUUGAUAACAGGUUGACAAAUUAUUGCGAUAAUACAGUUUUAGUGCCGUGUGUAACUUCGUAUUUAAAUACAAUGAACGUUACAGAAUUGGUAAGAGGAGGUGUUUUUGUUUUACGAAAAGGGAAACGUAAUCAUCAUGUGGAGAACAAUAAUACUAUGUGCAGUCAUCGGCUUGAUAGCCGCCGAGAAGGCUACUUUUCACAACUACAAGGUCUUUAGAAUUACUCCGACUACAAACGAGCAUGUUGAAUUACUGCGCGAAUUACCUGAGAUUGCUGAUGAGUUCUCCUUCUGGAAAGAACCAACUACCGUAAAUGCGCACGUGGAUCUUAUGGUAGCUCCGCACAAGUUGCCCGUGUUCCACGAUAUAAUGGAUAAGAUCAAAGCACCCCAUCAAGUUCAUGUCGAUAAUGUUCAGACAUUAAUCGAUGAAACGACAACCGCAAAUAAUCAAUCGAUGUCGUUCGAUGAAAACUAUCGCACUCUCUGGGAAAUCUAUGACCACCUGGAUAACUUGGCCAAGCAGUAUCCCGGCAAAGUAGAAGUCGUUGUGGGUGGCAGUACAUUUGAGAAACGUCAGAUCAAAGGCGUCAAGGUUUCUUUCAAAGCUAACAAUCCCGGAAUCUUUAUCGAAGGAGGUAAUCAUGCUAGGGAGUGGAUUUCGCCGGCGACUGUCAUGUAUAUUCUUCAUCAGUUGUUGACCAGCAAGAAUCCGGAUGUCAGAGCUUUGGCUGAGAGCCAUGAUUGGUACAUCUUCCCCGUAUUUAAUCCUGACGGAUACGUGUAUACGCAUACUACUAAUCGGAUGUGGAGAAAAACACGUGAAGUACACGGUUUAAUCUGCAGAGGCACUGAUCCCAAUAGAAAUUGGAGCUAUAAAUGGAGAAGUGAGGGCUUCAGAUGGGCCAGCAGUUUCCCAUGUUCCGAAACUUAUUCCGGAAGUGCACCAUUCUCCGAUAUAGAAACAAAGUCCAUGUCUGAAUAUAUCAGAUCUAUUUCUGACAAAUUCUACGCAUACAUUUCGUUUCACAGUUAUUCACAGCUUUUGAUGUUUCCAUAUGGAUAUACAAAGACACAUCUUGACAAUUACGACGAUUUGUAUGCCAUUGGCUUGAAAUCGGCUGGAGCACUAAAAAAGAGAUAUGGAACUGAAUACAAAGUUGGAAGUAUUGCCGAGACGAUUUAUAUGGCUUCUGGAAGUACUGUGGAUUAUAUCAAAGGCGUUUAUAAUAAACCUAUUGUUUUCGUUUACGAGUUACGUGAUGCAGGUCGUUAUGGUUUCUUGUUGCCACGUGAGCAGAUCAUUCCGACUGGAGAAGAAACCCUGGAUUCUCUCGUAACUAUGUUUAAAGAGGCAAAGGCACGUGGAUAUCCUAAAACAAACUAACUUUAUUGCAAAUGUCAACAAUUAAAUAAUAGAAUAUCUAUGGAUGUUCUUUCAUUUAUUUUAAUGUUUAUAUUGCAACCAACUCACUUGAAAAGGAUCUAAUUCUAAGAUCGAAACGUUUGGAUUUAUCUUAUAAAUAAACGCAUUUUGACUGCAGCAA